GCGACUCUGGAAGAAAACAGAACAGAACACCACAACCUCAUUGCCAAACCAACCCCAUCGGAAAUUUUUGUUGACCUCGUUCAUGUCUAACGACCUAAGACCAUCCUCAUCCAAUCACCAUCAUCAUCAUCCCUCACUCUCAAAAUAAGCCACGUCGUUCUAUUCUACCAAGAUUUCAAGCUGCCUUUCUUCAUCCAGUAUCACCAAUUUCAUCCUAACCAGCCCCAAACCUGACCAUCCUUCCUUGACCAAGAAGCGUGAAUAAUCGACCCAACAUGGCCGUAGGAAUCGUGAACAUCGGCAAAGAUGCCCGAGGAGAUAUGUUCCACCGGUACAAGAUGCCUGUCUUGCAAGUCAAAGUUGAAGGCAAGGGUAACGGGAUCAAAACGGUCAUACCCAACAUGUCCGAUAUCGCCCGUGCAUUGGCUCGUCCACCUACCUAUACCACGAAAUUUUUUGGCUGUGAGCUUGGUGCACAGACGACGUUCGACGAGAAAUAUGAUCGAUACAUUAUCAACGGAGCCCACCAGGCCGACCGACUGCGAGAGCUGUUGGACGUCUUUAUCGACAAAUUUGUGCUCUGUUCGAGCUGCAAGAACCCGGAGACAGAGCUGAUGAUCGUGGGGCGAGACGAGCUAAUCUGGCGGGACUGCAAAGCCUGUGGCCAUCGCGGCCUUGUGGACAACCGACACAAGCUGUGCACAUUCAUCCUCAAGAACCCGCCGGAGUCGGCGAAGAAAAAGUCCAAGCGAGACAAGAAGGCCAAGGCUGGCGAGGCCGGUGCGGCCACCGCCGAAGGUGGCUCUUCCGAGGACGGCCAUAACAGCCAGGACGAGCUGACCAAGCGGAUCGAGGGCGAGGCUGUGGACGAGAAGACCGCAGAGGCCACCUCGACUCUCAAGGAUGAUGACUGGUCCGCCGAUACCUCGGCGGGAGCCGUCAAGGCCCGCAUGAAAUCCCUCGAGGCCGGGAUCCAGAACGGGCUGAGUCUGGCUGACGAGGAUGACGAUGAAACCCCUGGUGGACCCUACGGAGUCUUCAGCGAGUGGAUCCUCACUAACCGUGACUCGGUCUCGGACGCCGAGAUCCUCGUCAAGGCUAAAGAACUCGGAAUCGAAAAGAAACAUAAGACCGUCCAGAUCCUUGCCCAGAACCUGUUCACUGAGAAUGCGGUCAAAGAAGUUUCCAAGCAUCAUGCUCUCUUUACUAAGAUGGUGAACAGCGAAAAACAUCAGAAAGCCCUGCUUGGAGGUAUUGAGCAAUUAUGUGGGGAAGCAUAUCCAAGCUUGGUUCCUUUGGGCGUCCCGAAGAUCAUCAUGGAGUUCUACCAAGCUGACAUUUUGGAGGAAGAGGUGAUCAAACAAUGGGGCACUCAUGUUUCCAAGAAGUAUGUGGAUAAGGACGUCAGCAAGAAAGUCAGACGGGCUUGCGAACCUUUGUUGAAGUGGCUCGAUGAGGCCGAAGAUGAAGAUGAUGAAUGAUGAAAGAAAAAGCAACAUAUCCCAGACAGCUUGACAUUGUAGAUCUUGUAUCCAGAAUCCCCUUUCUUCUCGACAAAAAAGAGUGAUACAUGCAAAAUAUCAAAGUUCUAUUUCUUAGCUGGA